AUGGGGAUUUUCCGGUCUGAGACGAUGAGCCGCGGGACGCUCGUCCUCCCGAGCGAGGGAGCGCGCGACUUUUUGGAUGCGAUUGGCUCCAGCGUUCAGGUUCAGUUCGUCGAUAUGAACGCGCAGUCGAUGAGCCGUCAGUACAAGCGCUACGUGCAGCGGCUGGAGGAGAUGGAGCGAAUUUUGCGGUUCUUGUUUGCCGAAAUCGAGAAGCACAUGCCGACGCGGCUUCAAGACACCAACCUGGACGUGAGCGACAGCGAGGACGAGGCGUCAGACGCGGAGGCCCAACGCGGCCUCCGCGGCUCUUCGCGCGCCUCGCUGCGAACGUUCUCGCUGUCGGGUGGGCGCCCAGAGGACGGGCGCCGCUCCGAGCAGGAACUCGAGGAAGGCCACCGCGGGCUCCGCGACCUGGAAGAGCGCCAGCGCAUCAUCUCUGCCGAAGAACGCGCGAGAGAGCGCGGAGACCCUCAGGCCGGCUUCGACAGCGCCCAUAGCCGCCUCGCAGCAUCCCGCGGCGGCGCGUCGGGUUUCCAGUUGGACAAAGUCGAGGAGGCGCUUAGCCGGCUCUACACGCAGUUCGUGAGAUUCUCGCAAAACAACGAAGACCUCCUGCGACAAAGGAAUGCCGCGAUUGAAGAGACAUGUUUGCUUCUCCUCGCACUUCAUCAACUCGCGUUGCCCGGUCAGAACGACCGCGGCUCGAAUUCGACCGGCGGAUUCCAAGACAGCCUUGCGGCGCAUCGACGCGGAUCCUCGUCGCUGCUGUUCGAAUCGACCGCCAGCCUGUCCCUUUUGGAGGCGGGAGUCCCCGGUGGAGCCCUAGGCGGUCGCGGCGCCUCGCCCCACAGGGGGGCAGAGGGUUUCGGCGAGGAGCUCGGGUCCGAGUUUCGAUCCAUGGCCUUCUCUUCCGUUGCCGGCGUCAUCAACAGCUGCGACCAGGAGAAAUUCGCGCGUGCGCUCUUCAGAUCGAUGCGCGGUAACGCGUACACCUACUUUCAGCCGGCAGAUCUGCGCGGUUUCCCCGCGGACUAUGCGAAGACGCUCGAGUCCAAGUCGCUCUUCGUGACGUACUACCAGGGCGGGCGGUCGCCGGCGUCUGCGGCGUUCGAGAAGGUGAUGCGUCUCUGCGCAGCGUUCAACGCGCGCUGCUACCGGUGGCCUUCGUCAUGCGGCGAAGCGGAGAAACGCUUCGCGGACGUCUCUGCGCUCCUUGCAGACAAAGAGAAGGCGCUGCGCGGCUACGAGCAGUACUUCCUCUCUGAAAUAUCCAUUCUGCUCGAGCCCAUCGAGCUCGACGACGACGCCGCGCCGCUGCGGCGGCGCAGGCCACUGAUUGAGGAGUGGCGCAGAUUCUGCGUGAAGGAGAAGGCGAUCUACGCGACGCUGAACUUCUUCGAGGCCAGCGACGUGACGGUUCGCGCGGACUGCUGGUUCCCCGCCCACGAGGAAGCCCGACUCCGCCUCGUCAUCGCCGAGCAAAGCAGCAAAAGUCGUGCCUCCGCGUUCCUUCUUCUGCAGCCGUCGUGUUCGGCAUCCUCUUCGCCGCCGACUUUCUUCCGCUUGCCUGCGUUCCUGACGCCGUUUCAGCAGCUGGUUGACACGUAUGGCGUGCCGCGGUACAAGGAGGCGAAUCCUGCGGUCUUUGCCUGCGUGUUCUUCCCCUUCCUCUUUGGCAUCAUGUAUGGCGACAUCGGGCACGGCCUCGUCCUGCUGUGCAUCGCCGCGGCUCUCUUCUACAUCAAGAGCCACAACCGCGUCCUCAGAUUCAAGGGCGAGACCGUCGACAUGCUCCUUGACGGCAGGCACAUGAUUCUGUUGCUCGGUCUCUACGCGACGUACGCGGGGCUGGUGUACAACGACGUACUUUCGCUGGGCGUCGAUUUGUUCGGCUCGCGGUGGCAAGUCGUGCCACAGACCCUCCAGACGCGGAAGUGGCCGUCUGCUGCGUUUUCCUCCUUCGCCUCGUCGCCUGCCGCGCCCGCGACCUUCCACGAACGCGAGGGCGAGCCGCUGGAGCCGAUGCGCGAGAGCUUCCCCUACCCCUUCGGCUUCGACCCUGCCUGGAAAGGCGCGGUGAACGAACUCCUCAUGUUCAACUCCUUCAAAAUGAAGUUCUCCGUCAUCGUUGGAUUUUUCCAGAUGCUGUUGGGAAUUUUGCUCAAGGCGUUGAACGCCUUGUACUUUGGCCAGUUUUUGGAUUUCUUCUUCGAGGCCGUGCCGCAGUUGCUCUUGUUCGUCUCGCUGAUUGGCUACAUGGCCUUUCUCAUCGUCUUUAAGUGGCUCACGCCCGUCGGCGAGUUCGCAAAGCCUUCCCUGAUCAACGUCCUCAUCGACAUGCACAUGGGCGGAGUCGAGCCAGACGCGUCUCUCAUCAUGUUUGAAGGACAAGCGCGAAUUCAACAGAUUUUGCGAGUGGUGGUGUUGCUCUGCAUCCCCGUGAUGCUUCUCGCGAAGCCGACUUGGCUGUGGAUUCGGCACAAGCGCGAGCGGGCGGCGUCUUUCGCGCCGGCGAGUGGCGCGUCUGCCUCGGUCCCUUACCGCCUCCAUCGCCCAGCGGCGGGUGUGGAAGUCGGAGGGCGCUUCGGCGCGGACUCGGGGUUGGCUUUCGCGUCCUCUUCGCGCUCGGCGCUCGCCUCGGGCGUGGUACACGGCACGCUGAGCCGCCGCGGCGACGACAGCGAGAUGCAGCCACCCUCAACGGUCGCCUCCUUCUCCAUCGCGGAGAGCGUCUCGAGGGCGAAGCCGCCGCGGGGGGCGGGCGCGCACCGCGACCGCUUCGGCGGCGAUGAUAGGCUCUUUGACGAUGUGAGCACGGCGGCGGGCUCCGUCGCGGACGGCUCCCCCCGCGAGGAGGAAGAGAUCAGCGAAGUCUUCAUUCACCAAAUGAUUGAAACGAUCGAGUUCGUCCUCGGCACGAUCUCCAACACAGCUAGCUACCUCCGUCUCUGGGCUCUCUCCCUGGCUCACCAGCAGCUCUCGCUCGUCUUCUUCGAAAAAACGCUCGGCGUCGCUCUGCAGCCGGGCGUCGGAGCCUUUGCCAUGACCAUCAAGUUCGUGCUUCUUUUCCCGCUCUUUGCGGUCAUCACGUUUUUCGUCAUGAUCUGCAUGGACAGCCUCGAGUGCUUUCUGCACGCGCUGCGUCUCCAAUGGGUUGAGUUUCAGAGCAAAUUUUUUAAGGCUGACGGCCACGCUUUCGCGCCUCUGAGUUUCUCUCGAAUCCUCCGCGAGUCCAAGUUGCAUGGAAAUGCGUAA